CGCAGAUUAACCUGUCAAUCCUGAGGACACACUGCUGCAAACAUAAACUUCCUAAUUCAACGGAUAAAUCUCAUCCAUGGGAAUUAAUUAAUCCGGAUAUAAUCCAUAAUUUCACGUUCCAGUAACUUUGAAAUAUCAAAGAAGAAAAAAAAAAAACACAAUGAGGGGAGACACAGCUACAGAGAACGAUGUGGAGGAGGAGGGAACAUCAGCAACAGAAGCUGCGUCAGAGGAAAGACGACCUAGUAUCGUGGCGCUCCAAAAUAUGCUGAAGAGGGUUUCGCAAAGCCCCUUCCAGAGCCAACACAAGGAUGGUGAGCCUCUCCGUGAUGUCUCAGCUGCCACAGACAACUCACAGCUGCACUUGGAACAGACAGGAGUCUACGCAGAUUCGUCGAGGGUGAACCCAUUUUAUGCAUACUAUUUGGAAUCGGGAAGCAAAGGCCACGCGACGGAAGAUGAAGGUAUGAAAACAUAUUCUGAACCCGAAAAGGACUUCACAAGCAACCCGAUGCAAUCUACGUUGGCACAAAAGGCAUCUGCCAGUGGGCAUCUGCGCUCGCCAGAUGUAUUUAACGCAAACACCACCCCUCAAACACAAGACCCCUUCAAGUCCUUGUGGUCCAAAAACUCUGGUGAGGGGGGAGAUCUUUUCAAAGACUCUAAAACAGUGGAUUUACAGAGUAAAGCACAAGCUAAGGAGGAGAAUCUGCGCCAGCCUACAACAGGGAACCGGAUUUUUACUUCUCUCACCAAUGAAGAUGAUUUGUUUCCAGCUUUUCCAAAAAACAAACAAGAAUCAUCUUCAGAAAGUAACUGGCAUUCUCAAAGGUCUUCUAAGGAACUUUACGAUGUGUUUUCAUCUUCAUCCACAAAUACAUCUGACUGCUUCCCAAGCCCACUGGCAAAGGAUUUAUUCAAAGACAUCUCCAGUUUGGAAGACCCAUUUGGUGCCACUCCCUCAAAACAAUACAACGCUUUCCCAGAUAUGUCAAACGGGACUCCAGAUAUCUUCCAGCCACUUUAUUCAAAGACUAACAGCAAUGACGUAUUUGAGACAAGCAGCAGUUCUACAGCCUCCAAGGCUUCAUUCCCCAGAUCUUCGUUCAAUGGUUCAUCCAUAUUCCCAGACAGUUUGGAGGACCCAUUUGCCACUCCCCUCUCAAAUCAAUCUGACACUCUCCAUAUUUCAAAUGGGACACCGGAUAUUUCCCAGCCACUUUCCUCAAAGACCAACGGCAAGGAUCUAUUUGAGACAAACCCCAGCGACGCUGCCUCUGAGGCUGUAUUCCGGAGACCGUCACUCAACGUUCCGUCUGGAGUGAAGUCAGAGAAGCUGCCGCCAAAUCUGUUCAGAGCAGCAUCAUCAGUAUCUCCUCCAGCUGUCCCGCCAAAGCCUUCGAACAAUUCACAUCCACAGGGAACCAAACAUGCUAUUCUUCAGCCCACUCCCUUCAGCCAGGCCAUGAAGGCGCCCGUCUCUCCGGAUCAGUCUCCAGAACUGAAUCAUACCUUCAGACGUCCACCAAGACCACUUCCACGAACCAGACCGCCAAGGGCACAAAAGCCACCCAGACCAGAAAAACCACAGAGACCAGAAAAUCCACCCACACCACCACCAAAACCUAUUCAACAUGAACCAGCUGCACCUAAAAUGUCUCCUAAACUGGCAUUCAAGCCCCUCCCGAUGCCAGUCUUUCCCCGCAAACCUAAAAAAACGGAUGUGGAGCCUUCCAACUAUGUUGUCUUUGAGGACAUCCUGCUUAUUGGACAGGAAAGGUGUGUUGAAGACUGGCCAGAGGACAGUCCUCAGCUUAACCCCAAAUUUAAACCAUCUGGCAAAUUAAGAUUACGACGAGAGUCAAUGAAGAUGCGAUCGGACUCAGACGGAGGCAGUGGUGAAGAUCUGGAUGGCUACGGAACUCAAAGCAAGAAAAAAGACAAGAAAUUCAAAAUGUCCCUACUCUCCAGAAGAGGCUCAAAGGAUAAAUUUCCUGAUGGUAUGCAGAAAGGAGGAACUCUACCUAACCCCCGUAAAUCAUCAAAGGACUAUUUCUCAGAAGUCCACAUGGCUGAAGAGGAUGAAGAUGGAUUGGACUACAGAAAGAAACCUCUGAAGACCAAAGUGAACCAGCUGCUGAGGAGGGCAUCUACAGUUUCUUCAGUGCCGGAGGGAAAGAAGAUGAAUGGACGCUUACCUCAGGAAUCAAAGGGUAAAGUGUUGGAUGACAGUGCUGGUGAAGACGAUUAUGGAGGGGAGGCCAAUCAUGGAGAGGGGCGAAAAAGUGGGAUGAAAAGCAAGUUUGUGCCACAAAGAGGAUUUACCGUCAGUGGCCAAAAGAAUGAUGAUGAACCAAAAGGUGCACAUGGAUACAUGCCUCGUAACGGCUCAAAGGAGAAAUCACUACAUGAUGAUGAUGUCGGUUCAUAUGCUAAAAAGUCACAGGAUUAUGCGUUUGAGGAUAUAGAAGAGAUGAAAGCCCACAGUCUUCAGUCUCAUAACAAGGCUGCCUUCAUGGAGGACAAACACGUUCAGCAUCCAGAUUAUUUCUCUCCUGGAUUAUAUGGAGAUGAGGAUCCUUGUGGGAUGGACGACCGCAGACCGAAGAAACCGUCGAAGAUGACAUUCCCAGUCUCAAGUCGCAGAAGCUCCAAGGAGGACAUGCUGGACGACUUCAGUCCUCAGAAGAAGGGCAGCUUCUCCGCCGAGGAACUGGACGACGAGACGAAAACAUUCAAACAUAAAGGUUUUAAUUCACGUAAAUCAAAGGCCAACCACGUACCCGGGACACACAGAAUGAGGGACGAGCCGGUCGGAAGGAGUCACUACGCGCCGCAGCAGGCUGCUUUCACCGAGGACCAAAUCACAGGAAAUGACUUCACGAGUGCGGAAGAUUCGAACGACUACGUGGACGACGAAAUCCGCAAACCGAAAAAGUCAUCGAAACUCAAAGGGCUGAAAGUUUUCCGCACCAAGAGCAAAUCCACGAACCUGUCGGAAGCUGCGACGAGCGACUACCUGUCAGAGGCUGCUCAGGCGGAGUGGACGGCUGCUCAGAAGGACUCUGCUGUGGGCGACUUUGAGGACGAUGAAGAGGAAGGGGACACGGACAGUCUGAUGGAGUGGUGGCACACGGUGGAACAGUGGGACGAGUUGCCGUCAGACGACGAGGGUCACGCGACGGAGGAUGAAGCCAAGUCGUUUGCCGUCUUAUCCGACAAGGUCCAACGCGGCCUGCGAGUGUUCCACCAGGUCUUCACAGAGCGAGCCGAGUUCCUGUGGCUGGCCAUCAUCACGCUCCACACCAUCGCAGACGACAUCAGCGAAUAUCACGAGAAAGCCAAGAAAGUCGUCAUCUCCGGCGGCACCACGUCCGCCGCCGGCGGAGCGACCGCCAUCGUCGGCCUGGCCCUGGCGCCGUUCACGUUCGGCGCCUCCCUGGUCGUCACUGCCAUCGGCGUGGGGAUCGCCACGGCGGGAGGAAUCACCUCAGCGUCUGCGGCCAUCUCCGACAAUCUCCACAACACACAGGACAGAAAGAAGAUGGAAAUCGUCCUGCAGGAGUACGAGGUCCACCUGCACGACAUCGGGAAGAUCCUCCACUUUGUCGACAGGGCCGUCUACAGACUUCGCGGGCACCCUUUCCUCCGCUCCGGCACGCAGCACUACUCGUCCGACUGGGAGACGCGCCGCGCCGUCCAGGUCGUCGCCGCCGUCGACAGACCCGUGAUGCGGGCGGUGGAGUUGAUCGACGACGCGCUGGCGAUGCUGCGGGGACUCUUCAAAGAGAUGGACAGCUACUUUGUGAAGGAGUCGCGCGAGCUCAAGAAAGGCUGCCGGAAAGAAGUGGUCGGUCAGAUCAAGACGGCGGCCAACAAGCUCAAUGACUCGUUAGUGGAGCUCAACGCCAUCAGAGAGGAGCUACAGGACGCGACGGGUUCCGCGUGACCCCUCCUGGCUGCCUGCAUGCAUGAGGGAAUUUUUAUCGCUUUAUUCACAGUUAUGUACAAAAUUGAUGAUGUGUGUUUUUUUGGAGUCACUGUUACUUAUCGUUGCUGUAAUUAAAUGUGUAACAUGUUUAUGGGCCACACAGGGAGCAGCACUUUUUUUUUGAUGAUAUAUAUAUAUAUGCUUACAACGGGUUCAUGUUUGAUUGAUUGAUUUAAUUUGUCACAUCGUCAUUUGCUUUCACACCUACUGUUUUUGGUUUGUUCUGUUUAGUCGGACAAGAAAACAUGUUUUCUUUCAAAGUGCAAUUUGAGUUAUUUGUCCUUUUCUAAUGUGUUGCCAGAAAUACUUUUUGCAUUUUUUUACUGUGCUCUUAUCGAUGUGCAAAUCACAUUUCUCUUGCAGGUGUGACUGUUCAUUUUACCCCCCUAAAAAGUUGUAUUCAUCGCAAAAUCAACAAUAGCUACUCAGUUAUUACGUUACUAACAGAGUACAAUAAAAUACUUUUUUUUCCCGUGU